AUACACAAACGCACACUCAACACUGCUCAACACCACACAAAAAAAAAUAUCAUUAAAUAAUUCAAGUGAAUUCAAGGGUGGGUGAUUGUAUAUUUAUUAUUUUUAUUGUUCAUUUUUAAAUUUGUGUCAUGUCAUGGCAAUAUGAAUUUAACAAAAAAAAAGGCAGUUUGGUUCAUCUCAUGACAAAAGAUCAAACAUUAAAUAACAUCAACAACAACACAAGUGUCAUCAAAGAACGUAAACGUCCAACUUGGUUACAUUUAAUAGAAAUUUUUUUUACAAAACGAAUGUUAUAUGCUGCUGGACAAUCAACUAUUGCUGCUGGAGUCAUGUAUUAUUGUCAUGCACGUUUAGGAUUUCACUUGCUACUUCUUGCAGCUUGUAUGGAUUACAUAUAAUUAUUAUUUAAAAAUCACAACAAACAACAAUAUCAACACAUACACACACACACCCUCUUACACAUAUAGGUAUAUAAUCUCAGUGUACUUAAUUUUAGGACAUUUGUUUAUUUAUUUUCAUCAUCAUAACUUCAGUGUUUUUUUUAUUUAUGAAUUAAACAAAAGUUAAUUGUUAAUUAACUUGCGUAUUAAGUGAAAAUGUUACUACUCAGGUCAUUUUGUUUGUUAAAUCGUAGACAAACUCUUGUCUCAAGAUUUAUCAAGCCAACAAUACAUUAUCCAAGUAAAUAUUCUAGUUUUUCACAAAACACUCUGCCAAAAAUCAUCGAUAAAUAUGAUGAUAAAAUUACUAUUAAUAAAUGUAAAUUUCAUACAACACCUCGUCUUGAUAUACCACCAUAUUUUGCUUUGUUAAUACGCCCAAUAACAAGAGUUGGAGCAUAUUUAUUUGGACGGUUACUUAAAAAAUGGUGGUCAAGAAAAAGUCCACAAGAAAAAGAAAUUUAUAAAGAAUGGUUGUCUGCAAGAAAAACAAAAAUUUAUGGUUUGCUGGGAUUUGCUUUAGCUAGUUUACUUUUUUAUUACAUUUAUCAUAUUGAAACGGAUCCAAUAACUGGUCGUUCAAGAUUCAUCAUUCUCAAUAAAGAACAACAAAAAGCAUUGAGUUCUUUAGCAGCUGAAGGAAUUCUUGAAGAUCAUGAAGAUUCAGUAUUGCCUCCAUCUCAUUCAUCAUAUCGUAGAUUAAAUAAAAUUGUCAAGCAAUUGUUAAAAGCAAAUCAGGAUAUACCAUCAAUUGCAGAACGAGAAUGGACAUUGACAGUCCUUGAUUCAAAUCAAAAAAAUGCUUUUGUUCUUCCUGGUGGUCAAAUAUUUGUAUAUCUGGGUAUGUUAAAACUUGUUGAAAAUGAUGAUCAAUUGGCUUUUGUUUUGGCCCAUGAAAUUGCUCAUGUUCUUCUUUUACAUUCAAUUGAAUCAUUGUCUAGAAAUUUUUUGUUGGAUAUACUUCUUGCAGUACCCGUUGCAAUCACUUGGUUUAUAAUACCCAGUGAUUUAUUAGCCUUUGCUCUUCAAUAUUUUGGAGUUAAAUUGACAAAUAUUCUCAUCACUCUGCCACAUAAUCGAAGAGCAGAGCAAGAAGCUGAUCAUGUUGGUUUACAAAUUACAUCAAAAGCAUGUUUUGAUGUACGUCAAGCUGUUGUUUUAUGGGCAAUGAUGAAACAAUUAUCUCAUUUAGAAAUUGAACCUGAAAAAUCAACGUGGCUGUCAACUCAUCCAGCUCAUGAAGAUCGAGAAAAAUAUCUUGAUACUAUAUUACCUGAAGCAAUUGAUUUAAGAAACCAAUGUGGGUGUCUUCGAUUGAGACUACAUGAUCCUAUUGCUGCAUAUCGUGCAAAAACAGCAGAACAACAUUUAAAACAAUUUGCUAAAAGAGGCUACGUACCAUCACAAACAAAAUAAAAACUAGAUAAUUAAUAUGUUAAUAAAUUGUUAAUAUUUAAACAUAAAAUUAUUUAUUUUUUACUUGCUAUUAUUAUUGUUAGUACAAACUUGCCAAAUAAUAAAAAAGCAACUAUUUUUCUGUCGUUGUAAUAAAAUUAAAUUGAAUUUAUAAAAAAAUACACUUGUUUAUUAUUUUUUUUUUAAUGUAAAUUUAUUGAUUAUUAUUUUACAUAAGUAAUUUAGCUGCACUAUCAUCACAAUGCUAAUUUAUUUACUUAUUAUAAAAUAACCCUGUUUAAAUUUUUUUUUCUUCCCUAUAUUAUUAUUAUUAUAUAUCUAGUAUUGUGCAAAAUUGUUUUUGCUUCCUACAAAAAUAAAAAAUAGAAAAUAUAAUUUAAAAAAAUACAUUCACUAAUGAAUCAUGAGUAAUAAAUAACUAUUGUAAAUAUAAAUACAUUACAGAAUAAAGA